GAACGUCUAAAAUGAAGUUUUAUGACUGAUUUAUUGCUGUGUAAUUUUUUUAUUACACGCAAUUAGAAUAUGGAUCCCGUAGUUCCCCCAUGGACUUGUCCACCUUAUGGUUUCUAUAUUUCUAAGCUAUUGCCGUUAUUGCUAGACGUUGAGGAAGAUCCAGAAAAUAUAUUGGUUUGUCCUUCGAAACUGAAUUAUGAGCUGCAACUAAGCACAGAAGACCGUCUACAGAGACUUUGUAAUCCAACAAGAAAAUAUCGUGUGACAACAGAGACCAAUACGUUUAGCCGAACCCCCGACAUAGUAGUUUUCCAGAAUUUCAGUAGUAACACAGUUUAUACCACGAUAUUGUCUCUACAAAAUACUCAUAAGGUAUUUAAAAAUACACUCAAUAGUCCUAAGAAAAAUUAG